GCCGGGGCGGCUGGUGCGAGCUGCCUGCAGGGAGCCGCGCUGCCUCGCCGGGCUAUGCCCGCGCCGCAGGGCCGGCCCCGGAGCUCCUGAGCGGGCGGGAUGGAGCCGCGGCGGAGCAGCUUUAACCUGGCCGCUGGCUGCCUGGUGCUGCUGCUGGGGUGCUGGGGGCCGCAGGAGGUGGCGGCGGCGGCUUGCCAUGGAUGUACGUCUUUGUCCAAAUGUGACUGCAGUGGAGUAAAAGGUGAAAAGGGUGAAAGGGGAUUCCCAGGCUUGGAAGGACAGCCAGGUUUGCCUGGAUUUCCAGGACCAGAAGGACCACCUGGUCCAAGAGGCUCAAAGGGUGACGAUGGUCUACCAGGGCCUAUUGGACCCAAAGGAAUCAGAGGACCACCAGGGCUUCCCGGGUUUCCAGGAACACCAGGACUUCCUGGAUUACCUGGACAAGAUGGGCCACCAGGACCUCAGGGUAUCCCAGGAUGCAAUGGAACAAAGGGAGAGCGUGGAUUCCCAGGCAGUCCAGGUUUUCCUGGUUUACAAGGGCCUCCUGGACCUCCUGGUCUGCCAGGUAUGAAGGGUGAACCAGGUGAAAUAAUUACAUCCUUGCUGCCAGGACAGAAAGGUGACCCAGGAUUUCCAGGUCUUCCGGGGAUACCUGGCCCACCUGGCUCCAUGGGAAUACCAGGUCCAAUUGGCCCUCCAGGGCCCCCAGGUUUGACAGGACCUCCUGGUCCACCAGGGCUGCCAGGACCCAAGGGUAAUAUGGGUUUGAAUUUCCAAGGACCCAAAGGUGAAAAAGGUGAACAAGGGCUUCAGGGACCUCCAGGGCCACCAGGACAAAUUGGAGAACAGAAAAGACCAAAUGACAUUGAGUUUCAGAAAGGAGAUCAGGGUAUUCCAGGUGAUCCAGGCCCACCAGGACUUCCUGGGCCACCAGGCCCUCCUGGUCUUCCCGGUGGUGUAAAAGGUGAAAAAGGUGAGCAAGGAGAACCAGGCAAAAGAGGAAAGCCUGGCAAAGAUGGAGAACCUGGUCAGCCUGGUAGGGAUGGUUUACCUGGUGGACCUGGAAUAAAUGGUGCUCCAGGAAGAGAUGGUGAAAAGGGUGAAAAAGGUGACAUGGGUCCCCCUGGUCCUCCUGGAAUUGUUGUUCCAAGACCAGGCAUUGAUGCAACAGUGGGACCAAAAGGUGUCAAAGGAUUGCCAGGACCUCCAGGAGCCAAAGGGGAGCGUGGGUUCUCUGGCAGGCCAGGCCCACCUGGCUUGCCAGGAUCCCCAGGGAUCACUACUGUUGGACCUCCUGGCCCACCUGGCUUACCUGGUGAGAGAGGACAGAAGGGAGAUCCAGGUUUACCUGGGGUUUCUAUUCCUGGGCAACCAGGAGUUGAGGGACCUCCAGGACCACCAGGACCACCAGGUCCUCCAGGGCCACCUGCUCCAUCUGUUGCUCCUGGUGAAGAAUUAUGCGAGCAAGGGCCACCAGGUCCUCCAGGAAUUCCAGGACAGCAAGGUUUUACAGGGGAGCGAGGCCAAAAAGGUGAUCGAGGAGAUACAUGCUUCAACUGCAUAGGAACUGGAGUAACUGGUCCUCCUGGGGAGAGAGGACCACCAGGACCUCCAGGUAGUCCAGGUUCUCCUGGUUUUCCUGGACCAAAAGGUGAAAAGGGGCUUCCUGGAUUAACUGGCCUUGUAGGGCCACCAGGCUUUCCAGGCACCCCAGGUGCUCCUGGCAGACCUGGUCCUAAAGGAGACCCAGGGGAUGUCCUGGCUUCUCCAAGAAUGAAAGGUGACAAAGGAGACCCCGGCUUCCCAGGACCUCCAGGUCUCCCUGGCAUCGAUGGCACUCCUGGACGAGAUGGACUGCCAGGUUUGCCUGGCCCUAAGGGGGAACCUGGAAGUGUUGCAUUCAAAGGAGAAAUGGGUAUUCCAGGUGACCCAGGGAUACCAGGUCUCCCUGGAGAAAAAGGGCUUCCUGGGCCUCCUGGUUUUGGUCCGCAAGGCUCACCUGGUGAAAAGGGCAUCCAAGGUGUAUCUGGCCGUCCAGGGCCUCCUGGUGUUCCGGGUCCAAAAGGUGAACCUGGCCAGACUAUUACAGAACCAGGAGUUCCAGGUCCCCCCGGUCCUCCAGGAAGAAAUGGUGAUCCAGGUCUUCCAGGAGAUCCUGGUCAGCCAGGUCAGCGUGGUUUACCUGGCAUCCCAGGUGCAAAGGGAGAGCCAGGUAUUCCUGGCAUUGGACUUCCAGGUCCGCCAGGCCCAAAGGGUUUCCCAGGGACUCCAGGCCUGCCUGGAGCUCCAGGAACUCCAGGUCGCCCUGGUCUGGAUGGACCUCCUGGACCACCAGGUUUCCCAGGACAGAAGGGAGACCGUGGAUUUGGAGUUCCAGGACCACCUGGGCCCCCAGGACCCCCAGGCAUCAAAGGAGUUCAAGGACCUAAAGGUGAUCCUGGCUUCCCAGGAAACCCUGGUCUCCCAGGCCGGGCAGGCUUUGAUGGAACCCCAGGGCCCAAAGGCGACCCUGGACCAAGUGGACCACCAGGACUUCCAGGCCCACCAGGCAUCCCUGGCAUUGGUGGUCAAGGUCCUCCUGGAUCUCCAGGACCUCCAGGUCCUGUUGGCCCCCCAGGUCCCCCAGGGCUGCAAGGCGUUCCAGGGGAGAAAGGGGAUCCAGGUCCUCCAGGCUUCGAUAUUCCUGGUCCUCCAGGUGACCAAGGAGCUCCAGGAUAUCCAGGACCCCCUGGACUACCAGGGCCUCAGGGCUCACCUGGGCCACCUGGCAGGGAUGGAAUACCUGGACUUCCAGGUGCCAAAGGUGAGAUGGGCAUCAUGGGAGCUCCUGGUCCUCCAGGGCCUCCAGGAACUCCUGGAAGAAAUGGUCUGCCUGGCUUGAAAGGUAAUAGUGGAUUACCUGGUCCACCAGGGCCUCCUGGACCAGUGGGGCAGAAAGGCAUCAAAGGCGAAGCAGGUCUGCCAGGUCCACCUGGAACACUUGAUCCCAAACAGCUGGGAGCAAAAGGAGAAAAAGGCGAGCCGGGUGUUCCAGGUAUUCCUGGUUUAUCAGGCCAGAAAGGUUAUCAAGGGCUCCCAGGUGACCCAGGCCCACCAGGACUUAGUGGCCCACAAGGUCUGCCAGGAUUGCCAGGCAUCAAGGGAGACAUGGGGCUUCCUGGGCAGCCAGGACCAACAGGACCUCCAGGAUUGAAAGGAGCUAUGGGAGAGAUGGGCCUUCCAGGUCCCCCUGGGCUUAAAGGCAACCAAGGAAUAGCAGGACGUCCAGGGCAACCUGGGCCUGCGGGAUUUCCUGGACUGAAAGGACAGAAAGGUGACCCUGGUCUUUCAAGCACUGGUAUUCCUGGUCCCCCUGGACCAAAGGGAGAUCUUGGCUUGCCUGGAUACCCAGGUAGUCCAGGCUCUAAAGGUGCAGCUGGAAAUCCUGGCUUGCCUGGAUUUCCAGGCAGUCCAGGUGCAAAAGGAGAACCAGGUCUUCCUGGAUUCCCAGGAACUCCAGGAAUUCCAGGACCAAAAGGUAUUGAGGGCCCUCCAGGUAAUCCUGGCCUGCCUGGACCACCUGGGCCAGUAGGUGAUAUUGGUCGUCCUGGCCCUCCUGGGCCUUCAGGGGAAAAGGGACAACCUGGUCGAGAUGGUAUCCCUGGACCAGCGGGUCAGAAGGGUGAACCAGGUCUACCAGGUUUUGGGCGUCCAGGACCCCCAGGACUCCCAGGAUUGUCAGGGCAAAAAGGAGAACUGGGGUUACCUGGCCCACCAGGACCCCCUGGACUUCCAGGUCUGAAGGGAGAACCAGGUUUCCAGGGAUUCCCUGGUCUGCAGGGCCCGCCAGGUCCACCAGGAAUACCAGGACCACCUCUGGAAGGUCCUAAAGGUAGCCCUGGCCCACCAGGUGUUCCAGGAAGGCCAGGUCCCUCAGGGCCUCCAGGUCCACCAGGCCCAGAAGGUCCACGAGGGCCACCAGGCAGUGGAGGACUGAAAGGGGAAAAAGGGAAUCCAGGUCCGCCUGGUCCACCUGGCCUGACUGGUCCAAAGGGAGAUCAAGGACCACCUGGACGCCAGGGGGAUCCUGGUCGUCCGGGUCUCAAUGGAAUGAAGGGUGACCCUGGGGUUCCAGGCGUUCCAGGAUUCCCAGGUAUGAAGGGUCCCACUGGACCCGCAGGACCCGCUGGCCUCACGGGCAGCCAGGGACUGCCGGGCCCACCAGGUCCACCAGGUUUACCAGGCACCAUUGGACGAAGCAUUGUUGUCAAAGGUGAUCCUGGUUCCCCAGGUCCUCCAGGACAGCCUGGGUCCAAAGGGCCACCUGGAUUGCCAGGGCCACAGGGACUGCCAGGUCCAAUUGGUCUUCCUGGUGAUCCAGGGAGAGAUGGACUUCCUGGUUUUGAUGGUCCAGCAGGACGAAAAGGAGAGCGAGGUCUUCCAGGCCAGCCAGGUUCACGAGGACUACAAGGACCUCCUGGUCCUGAUGGCUUGCAAGGCCCACCUGGUCCUCCUGGAACAGCUUCUGUUGCUCAUGGAUUCCUUAUAACUCGGCACAGCCAGACCAGGGAUACACCACUAUGUCCAGAGGGAACUUCAAGAAUAUAUGAUGGAUUCUCUCUUCUAUACGUGCAAGGAAAUGAGAGAGCACAUGGCCAGGAUUUGGGUACUGCUGGGAGCUGUCUUAGACGUUUCAGCACCAUGCCCUUCAUGUUCUGCAACAUCAACAAUGUUUGUAACUUUGCAUCAAGGAAUGACUACUCCUACUGGCUGUCAACCCCAGAGUCGAUGCCGAUGAGCAUGGAGCCACUGACUGGGCAAAGCAUCCAGCCAUUCAUCAGCCGAUGUGUUGUGUGUGAAGCUCCUGCUAUGGUGAUAGCUGUCCACAGUCAAACCAUUCAGAUCCCUUCAUGUCCUCCAGGCUGGGACUCCCUCUGGAUUGGUUACUCUUUCAUGAUGCAUACGAGUGCUGGAGCAGAGGGCUCUGGACAGGCCUUGGCAUCGCCUGGAUCCUGUUUGGAAGAAUUCCGCUCAGCGCCGUUCAUUGAAUGCCAUGGUCGGGGCACCUGUAAUUAUUAUGCCAAUUCAUACAGUUUCUGGCUGGCAACUGUAGAGGUGUCAGAAAUGUUCAGCAAACCUCAGUCUGAGACACUGAAAGCUGGAGACUUGAGGACGCGUAUUAGUCGUUGUCAAGUUUGCAUGAAGACAACGUAACAUCUUGGAGAAUGUUUUAUAAAACAGUUGAAAAUUCCUAAGAUGCACUGUCUUCCAGCUGCAACAAUGGUGCUACUGUGCAGAAAGAAAAGAAAAAUCCAAACUGUUUUAACCAUUCAAAUUCAAGUGUACCUCACUCGUGUGCCAAACGAAGUGUUGUUCAGUAUAUAUUUGACAACAGAGCUAAGAUGAAAGAAUUGACCUCUUGGAAACAGAACACUCGAGGUUCACAAAGGAUCAGAAGAUGAAUUUUUUCAUUUCUCUCCCUGUACCAAAAUGGCACCUUUUUGAUCUACCAAGAGAACAGAGAACACGACGCACUGAGUAUGUUUAAAAUAACAAGACUGCAGUUUUGAAAAACACUUUUCAUGGUGCUACUAACCCUACUGUAUUUUUAAUAUGAAAUUUUAAGCUUAUUAUCUCUUUGUAAGUAAUGAAAUGUGUAUAUUGUGUAAACACCUUUUAAAUCUAAGUUUUCAGUCAUCUAGAAACAAACCAGACUGAUCUAAAAAUCCUUAUGUUUAAAAUUAAAAGAUAAGACAGUAUUUUAUUAUGAAACUUGUGGUACAGAGAGAAUUUACCCUUCUUAUGCCAACUUAUUCAUUUAAUUUUUCAUUUCCUUCCUCAGUUGCCAAGCUGAUAUAUUUGGGGAAUGCACAAUUAUUCUGAAGUAAUUUUGAUCAGGGUUUUAAAUGUUGUACACCAUACUAUCAGUGGUUUUAUUCGUGCUUAGAAAUCCCAAACCACCUUGUGAAAAUGUGACGUUAUUAGCCAUAUUCUAUAUCCUUCUUUUAAGAAUACAAGUCACAUUCACAUUUUAGCAAUCAGUUUGGUUUAACCAAAACUGUCCUUUAGGAAUAUCCAGUUACCAAAGCAUUUAGGAUGAUGCUUCUAUGAAACUUCAACUCUGAAAUGGUGUCAUAUGUUUUAUCCAAGAUAGUAUACACACUAAAAAACCUUCUGAAUAAAAUAAAGCAUAAGCUGGUGGAAACCUUCCUAUUUACAAAUUACUAUUUUAAUCUUAUGUGAAUUUAUACACAUCCACAAUGUAUUCACAGUAUACAGCAACUCUUGUGUAUGUAUAGUUCAUAUAAGGCCUUGAAAGAUGGUGCAUGCAGUUUUUCUGAUGUCAGUUUGUAAGAAUCCGCCUAUGUAUGUCUAAAGAGUGUCACUACUUGUGCAAUAGCUGAAAAGUGAUCACUUUUAUAUGCAUGACUGUUCAGCUUCUAUGGUCAGAGCAUUUCAUUUACCCUCGUGUAUAAACAGCUCCCUGACAAUGCAGGACUCUGUCAAGUGACAAUACUUUAAUAUUUUCAUUGUAUAUUGCCACCUUGACUAUCAAUACAACCUAACUUGUGAAUUAAUGAAUCACCUCCAUACAGGUGAUGUGUAUUUGUUUAUUGAAUACUGUUAAGUAAUUUAUCUGCUAAUGGCUGUUCAUUCCUACCUUCCAGUUAUCCCUGUAAACAUGGAGCAUCUGACAUCUCCUUGUUUUACACAUUUGACAAAAGACAUAGGACUGGUGACUAAGCAGGUGGCAGUGAUAUACAAUGAGAUUGGUGCUGAUUUCUAAAGCUUUCAAGUAUGAAACUGAAGUUUUUUAGUUUAAAGUGCAAAAUAAUAAUAGCUUUGUCUUUUUUCCAUUAGCUGCAGUUAUAUAUGUUGAUAGAGAGUGGGAAUUCAGCCAUGUAUAUCUUUCAGUUCAGUUUAGUUUGGUUUGCUGAUGCAUGUAGUAAUAAACUGAACCUGCUGCUAUCUCCAAGUCAGGAACUUGUUACCAAAGCUGAAAUAAAAUAGUAAGUCUCUUCAUGUAAACACAAGCCCUUUUCUUGCUGCUGGCUCUGCAGAAGUCUAAUAUGAACAUAGCAGCCAAUUCCUAGUCCUAAAACAGCAGAAGAAUGGAUGCUAAGGCCAAGGAGCUCUCAAAGGAAAGGACUCUCCCAGCCUUUGCUACCCACACCCUGUCUUGUGUUUACCAAAACUUAGUGUUCGGAUGUGGGGGACAUGGAAUGGAGUGGACCAUGUUUAGUAAAUCAGUGCCUGACUGGUGCUUCUUUGUUAGAUCUGGGCUUCUCUUGCAGCAUGUAAAACCAAGACAAGAGAUCCUAUUCCAGGCUAAGGUACAGAGCAUCUUGUGGCAGCUUCAGGGCCCAAAGCUUGUGAGAUGACCACAGAAAAGUAAAGUAAAGCAGCUGUGCUUGUGACAGGUCCAUUUUCUGCUCUGGCCCUCCCCUAGACAAGAGUCCUGAACGUUAAUCACCUUCAGGCACAGAAUUACAAAGGGGUAACAUUUUACCAAGUGAUCUAGACAUGAAGGAACAUCUUUUGAGACCUGCAGCAGAGAUUCCAGAGAUGGAGUUAAUUCCCACCACACCUUCUGUGCCUUAGAGCAGGUAACUCACGUGACCGUACUGAUCUAUAAAAGAAAACAUGGUUAUUAUUCUCUCCUGAUUCUUGAUGCUUAGACUGUAAGCUCCUUGGGGCAGAGACAUUGAGGGGGCUCAAAUGUUGGUUGGGGCCUCUAGGUGCUAUCCAUCACUAUAAACAUUAAACUACAGGUAAAUGUU